AUACUACGCUUUAGGAAGUGGUUUCACUUGGCCAAUUCCUGGAGUGACAGUAGAAGUGAGUCAAAUGUCCUCUUGAGGUAACCAUCGCUCUUUCGCACUUCCUUUUAAGCGUUAAAAAGGAGGUUUUUAAUGAGGAGAUGAGGGUCGAGUCAAUCGAAUACAUUGCUUGGAAAUUUGCUAUCCAAUGCAUGCUUGCGGAAGAGCGAUGGAAGAUGAGAGAAGAAGUUGUGGAGGUGGUAGAAGCAAAUGAAGAGGAAUUUAUUGAGGAUCCCCAAGAGGAUAAAUAUAAAGAAGGCAAGGAGUUGGAUGAAGCAAAUGGUUUUCGUAUGAAGGAGGAAGUCUUGGUGGUAGUGGCUUACAUCGGCCAUGAGAUUAUUUUGAAAUCUCCACCAAACUUCAAGGAAUUUCUUAUCAAAGAUCCUUUUGUGAUCACUCUUUGCUCGACAAAGACCACGCCAUCAUCAUUAUUCCUUGAUGGAUGAGGUGAUGGAGUGUUUGUUAUGUUUUAUGCGGUUCGGGGCAAAGAGAAAAGAGAAAAAGAGAAGAGAGGUCUCAAGGGUGGAGGCUUCAACUUACUCAAGUCCAUAAGUCGUCAUCAUCUACUAUUCCAUAUGCUCAUGACUUGAGGCUCCACCUAGACAACGGGAACCUCAACUUGAAGGAGGUCCUAGUCUGGACCGAGGCUUAAGGAGUACUGUCUAGUUUAUGACGUAAAAGUAGAGCAUGUUGGGAGGCAACCCAACCUAGGUUUGUGUUGGUUUUUAUGUUAAGUACUAUUCUUGUGUAAUAACCUCACCUUGCGCGGGUAUGUGUUUGUUUGUUUUUUGUUUUUGUCUCCUUGAAGCUCUCUCCUCUUCAUCUCUGGCCCAAUUCUGUCCCGACUUUUACUUGCCAAGAUAUGCGGUAACAUCAUUCUACCUCCUUAUUUUACGCCACUAAAGGCAAUGUCGAGUUUAAGUGUGUGUGUGGGGGGGGGGGGGGUAGUUUAUUAUGCUUGUGUGUGUGAUUGAGUUCUUUGAUCCUAGAUGUAUGCCCAAAUUUUUUAAAAAUUGUGGGCUCUAAGCAUCGCAUGUUCAUUGUGGCUGGUUGUUGGAGAAUCUUGUGUUUAUUGUCAUUGACUUUGGAUUGAUUACUUGCGAUUGAGUGCAUCCUAUUAUGAUGAUUGAAAAUUGAAUUAGGUCGGUGCAAGUGAUAAGUUCUCAUAUAUGUGCAAAUGGAUGGAUUCCUUGACUUGAAUACUCAUUGAUUGCUAUUGCCAUGCAUCGAGUUUUUUUGAAAUUGGAAUGGAUGUUUGAGUGGCUAGGUAGCUGUGUGAGAUUUGUGUCGAUCAUCUUUUUCAUGUGUGAAAUAUCCCUCUUACCAUGAUGGUAGCUUAGCAUUCAUGUUGUCAUUAGCGAGGAAGAUGGAGGCAUAGGAUUAGUCCAUGCACCAAAAAUUUGAUUCUCUUUAUAUCCCCUAGUCAACCCCUUUUGAGAUGUGUGACUUAGGGUCGUUCUCAUUUUAGGAGCUUUUGUACUUGAGCUUAAUUGAGAUUGAUAGAGUGACCCUUUACUUUCUUCGUGUCUAAACCGUUGUGAGUCAUCCUUGUGUCUCGGAGCUCCCGUUACUUGAGUUCCAUCGAAGUUCUACAUAGGUGAGUUUUGCACGGUUCUUGGUACGAAUAAAAAGGUAGUGUUGGAGGAAGUUCUUAAUGGUGAGCAUUGUUCGUAAGUUUAAAGGGUGGCAUGUGUUUAGCUCUCUAGUACUCCCCUCGAAAAAAUUUGAAAGAAAAGGAAGGAAAGGGGGGAAAAGAAAGGAAGAAAUGUAAGUGAAAAAGAGGGAAAAAAAGGAGUAAAUAAAAGAUAGAGAGUUGCCACCAAGUUGAUGUGUAUGCGCUAGAAAGGUGUUUCUUGGCUCUCAACCUUUUGAAACACCUACUUGUUUGUUGACCUCCUUCACUACAAUGCUUAAAAAUGGGAUACCAGGUAUAGCAGAGAAAGUGUAUUUGAAUGUCGUUCAGGAUUGUUGAGGUUUGGAAUUGAGGAAGUGUAGUUUUUAGCCGAAGCUAUUGGCCAUUGCUUGUAGGAAAAGGUUCUAGUCGAAACCAUAAAACCUUGUGUUGGUUUUAGGUUGAAGAUUUGGAACCUCAAGCUAUGUUUCUACUACCCAAAAAGCCUUUUCCACAUGUCCAAGACAAUAGCUAGUCAUAUGAACUCGUGUCUAAGACCUCCGAGCAAGCUAGUGACGACAACCAUCUUGCGAGAUCUAACAUUCAAAGGUUACCAUCAUGGUGAAGAGACGAUAGGGCUAAGUAUUGAUUAUGCACAUCUCUUGCAUCAAAUGGUUCUGACCCCACUGGUCGAAAGUGAGUGAUUCUUUCUCAUUUUCAUGUUCAUAUUAUGCAUCCCGGUGAGUACUUAGACGCUAGCAUAAAUGUGAUGCCAUAUAAACUAUUUAAGUAGCU